GGGUGUGGUAGGAACGGAAGCCGAAAGGGCGCGCUGAGACGCGAACCUGGGGGAGUGAGGACCUCGGGGUCGCCGCGAUGAUCCCCCCGCAGGAGGCGUCGGCCCGGCGGCGGGAGAUCGAAGACAAACUGAAGCAGGAAGAGGAGACACUGUCCUUCAUUCGAGACAGCCUGGAGAAGAGCGACCAGCUCACCAAGAACAUGGUGUCCAUCCUGUCCUCCUUCGAGAGCCGCCUGAUGAAGCUGGAGAAUUCCAUCAUCCCCGUGCACAAGCAGACAGAGAACCUGCAGCGGCUGCAGGAGAACGUGGAGAAGACGCUCUCGUGCCUGGACCACGUCAUCAGCUACUACCACGUGGCCAGCGACACAGAGAAGACCAUCCGGGAGGGCCCCACAGGCAGGCUGGGCGAGUACCUGGGCAGCAUGGCCAGGAUUCAGAAGGCCGUGGAGUACUUCCAGGACAACAGCCCCGACAGCCCCGAGCUCAACAAAGUGAAGCUGCUGUUCGAGCGGGGGAAGGAGUCGCUGGAGGCCGAGUUCCGCAGCCUCAUGGCCCGCCACAGCAAAGUGGUCUCCCCGGUGCUCAUCCUGGACCUGAUCGGCGGCGAGGACGAGCUGGAGGCCCAGGAGGACGUGCCCUUGGAGCACCUGCCCGAGGCCGUGCUGCAGGACGUCAUCCGCAUCGCGCGCUGGCUGGUGGAGUACGGCCGCAACCAAGACUUCAUGAACGUCUACUACCAGAUCCGUUCCAGCCAGCUGGACCGCUCCCUCCGUGGCCUCAAGGAGCACUUCCGGAAGAGCAGCUCCUCCGCGGGGGUGCCCUACUCCCCCGCAACGUCCAACAAGCGGAAGGACACGCCCACCAAGAAGCCGGUCCGGCGGCCAGGGACCAUCCGUAAAGCCCAGAACCUUCUGAAACAAUAUUCCCAGCAUGGUCUAGAUGGGAAAAAGGGGGGCUCUAACCUCAUUCCUCUGGAAGCCGUCUCCCACACCGCUCCCUGCCCCCCCCACUCUCCCCCUCCCGGCGAGCCCGGCUUUCUCCCCUGGCCCCCGGACAAACGCCUGUUUGCGGCCGACAUCUCGCUAGGUCACGAACAUGAUUUCCGAAUUAAGCAUCUAUCCGAGGCCCUGAACGACAAGCUCGGGCCGCUGGCCGGGAGAGAUGACAUGCUGGACGUGGAGACGGACGCCUACAUCCACUGCAUCAGCGCCUUCGUCAGGCUGGCCCAGAGCGAGUACCAGCUGCUGGUGGACAUCAUCCCCGAGCACCACCAGAAAAAGACCUUCGACUCCUUGAUCCAGGAUGCCCUGGACGGGCUCAUGCUGGAGGGGGAGAACAUCGUGUCGGCCGCCCGCAAGGCCAUCAUCCGCCACGACUUCUCGGCCGUGCUGGGCGUCUUCCCCAUCCUGCGGCACCUCAAACACACCAAGCCCGACUUCGACCAGGUGCUCCAGGGCACGGCGGCGGGCACCAAGAACAAACUGCCCAGCCUCAUCACGUCCAUGGAAACUGUCGGGGCCAAAGCACUGGAGGAUUUUGCUGACAACAUCAAGAACGACCCCGACAAGGAGUACAACAUGCCCAAGGACGGCACCGUGCACGAGCUCACGAGCAAUGCCAUCCUGUUCCUGCAGCAGCUCCUGGACUUCCAGGAGACGGCGGGUGCCAUGCUGGCCUCCCAAGAGACCAGCUCCUCGGCCACCAGCUACAGCUCCGAGUUCAGCCGGCGCCUGCUCAGCACCUACAUCUGUAAAGUCUUGGGUAACCUGCAGCUGAACCUGCUGAGCAAGUCCAAGGUGUACGAGGACCCGGCCCUGAGCGCCAUCUUCCUGCACAAUAACUACAACUACAUCCUCAAGGCCCUGGAGAAGUCCGAGCUGAUCCAGCUGGUGGCCGUGACGCAGAAGACGGCCGAGCGCUCCUACCGGGAGCACAUCGAGCAGCAGAUCCAGACGUACCAGCGCAGCUGGCUGAAGGUGACGGACUACAUCACUGAGAAGAACCUCCCCGUGUUCCAGCCCGGCGUGAAGCUCCGGGACAAGGAACGGCAGAUGAUCAAGGAGCGAUUCAAGGGCUUCAAUGACGGCCUGGAAGAGCUGUGCAAGAUCCAGAAGGCCUGGGCCGUCCCUGACACGGAGCAGAGGGACCGGAUCCGCCAGGCGCAGAAGAACAUCGUCAAGGAGACCUACGGGGCCUUCCUGCACAGGUAUGCCAGCGUGCCCUUCACCAAGAACCCCGAGAAGUACAUCAAGUACCGCGUGGAGCAGGUGGGCGACAUGAUCGAGCGUCUCUUCGACACGUCGGCCUGAAUGGCUCUCAGCCCGGAGACGGGACACGGGGACACAUAAAGCGUUUCACUUGCCA